GCGCGACACCGGAAGCUGGUGUUCCUGAAAAGCUUAUAGUUUCGUCCUCAGCAUUGUCUUACAGGCAAAUUAGGUUAAAUGAAGAAUAAAAUACCAAGGUAACUGUGUAUUAACAAAAAAUAUCAGUGAAGCGGGUACAUAUGUAAGAAAUAUAGUGAUGAUACUUAAUUUACUUUUGUGAACGUGUCUACUUCAUGUCUUUGUUUUCGCGGAAGAGUCGGCAAAGACUGUAACGGCGCCUCCUGUAAGACAGUACCGAGGCUGAAGUGUCACCGGUGCAUGAAAAGCGUUUCCAUUAUCUUUAGGUUUUCAUGCUGUCAGAAGCUGCCAUCCUUCUAUCCUACAACCUAGAAACUCCAUGAUAGGGAAUGAAUAGAAGACUACUUCAUAAGAAACAUGAUCAAAUUUACAAUUAAGUGAAUCAGGCACUCUUAUCAUGGUCGUUAGCUAACGUUAGCUACGAAGCUAGGUUACUUGGACAAUCCCUUCAACUUGCUUGCUGUCAGGUUAGCUUACGACAGCUAACUUCGCUAUGUGAACUAACUAAGCCAGGAAAGUGGCGAUAAAGAAACUCCCUGCAACUCUCAGGUGUUGCAGGUCGCUCUCAUGUGCCCAUGGAGAAGGCGGCCUUUCAGGGGUGGCUGGAGUCAGUCUCCGUCACUUUCCUUACUCUAAACGACCAGCAGCGCAACCAGUCUCUGGACCACCUUAUAUCUUUAAGUGGUGCUGUCCAGCUCCGUCAUCUGUCUAAUGGACUGGAGACGCUGCUCAAGCGUGACUUCCUGCGCCUCCUUCCUCUGGAGCUGGCCUUCUACCUGCUGCGCUGGCUGGAUCCUCAGACCUUGCUCACGUGCUGCUUGGUCUGCAAACAAUGGAAUAAGGUGAUCAGCUCAUGCACAGAGGUGUGGCAGGGUGUGUGUCGGGAGCUGGGCUGGAGGAUUGAUGAGUCCAUUCAGGAUGCAACACACUGGAAGGGCGUCUACCUGAAGGCUAAACUGCGUAUGAUGCAGUUGAAGGAUCAGGAGGCCUUCGAAACAUCUUCCCUCAUCGGCCACAGUGCUAGAGUGUAUGCCCUCUACUACAAGGAUGGCCUCCUCUGCACAGGAUCUGAUGACCUGUCUGCCAAAUUAUGGGAUGUGCGCACUGGGCAGUGUAUUUACGGCAUUCAGACACACACCUGCGCCACAGUGAAGUUUGAUGAACAGAAGCUGGUAACCGGAUCCUUUGACAACACUAUUGCAUGCUGGGAGUGGAGCACAGGGGCUAAAAUCCAGCAGUUCCGAGGCCACACAGGAGCAGUCUUCAGUGUAGACUACAAUGAUGAACUGGACCUGCUGGUCAGCGGCUCUGCAGACUUCUCUGUGAAGGUGUGGGCUUUGUCUGCUGGUGCCUGUCUCAACACCCUGACUGGACACACCGAGUGGGUCACCAAGGUGAUACUGCAGAAAUGUGAAGUAGAAUCUAUGGUGCAUAGUCCUGGUGACUAUAUCCUUUUAAGUGCUGAUAAGUAUGAAAUUAAGGUCUGGCCUUUAGGGAGAGAAAUCAACUGUAAGUGUCUGAAGACGUUGUCGGUGUCAGAGGACCGCAGCAUCAGCCUUCAGCCUCGCCUGCAGUUUGAUGGACGCUACAUCGUUUGCAGCUCUGACCUCGGAGUUUAUCAGUGGGACUUUGCCAGUUAUGAGAUUCUCAGGGUGAUAAAAACACAGGACCCAGCCAACCUGUCCCUGCUCAGCUAUGGUGAGGUGUUUGCGCUCCUUUUUGACAACCACUUCCUGUAUGUGAUGGACCUGAGGACAGAGGCGAUCUCGGGCCGCUGGCCUCUACCAGCCUACAGAAAAUCCAAAAGAGGAUCCAGCUUCCUGGCCGGUGUGACCUCCUGGCUUAAUGGCCUGGACGGGGGCAAUGACUCUGGACUGGUGUUUGCCACCAGCAUGCCCGACCAUAGCAUUCACUUAGUACUGUGGAAGGAGAACGGAUAGAAGGAAACAAGGACUUCAAUCCGCACACUGCUAGGACAUGAGCCACAGUCAUGUGUGUUCUGGAAUAUAUGAACCUGAACAGCCAAGAUAGAUCAUGCAUGGACCAAAGCAUUUUGUUUUUAUCUGUUUCUUCCUCAGCAUACAGUCCUCCUCUAGACAUAAACAUUCACAGAUGGAAAUGGAAGGUAAAGAUGAUGGUAACUAUUACUGAUGUGCUAGAUUCAGCGAUUGGUCAGAACUUGCACCUGAUCUCUGCAGAACCCUGUAAGCGUCCCAUUGGUCUUGAUCUUGGACAAAGACUGAAAGCAAAGAGACUUGAAAGCCAAGAUGUGUCAGUGACGAGUGAAAAUAAACACAACGUACAAAAUCUCUUGUUGUAAACUUUAACAUGGAAGUGUAAAUGUUUCAUCAGAUUAGCGUUUUGAUCAGGUUAGCAUUGUGCAGUCUUAUCUGUAGCCAACCAUUAAUCCAUAGUCUUUUAAUUGGGUGCCAACCUCGGCCACCGAGCUUUAUUCUACCAGGAUAAGACUAUGUGAAAUGUGCUGUAGCUCGAAUGUGCCCAAUGCCAAGCUGGUCACUGUGCUGAUUCGCAGAAACUUUGGUUUCCUUGAAGAAAUGCAAGGUUGCCUUAAACGCAGUUGCUGUAAAUAAUGGAGAGCAUCUCUUGGACAUGACAUUCUGACAUCAGGGGAGAUAUUCUUGGCGGUUUUACAGACUAUCCCCAAGGAAGCUAUGUACCUACUCGUAUGGUGACAAGUGGUUUGGUACAUUGUUCUGUACCAUGUAAAACUUUGUGAGGUUUCAUGUAAUUCACUGAAUAUGCUUUUCUAAGGGAUGUCUGGUUUAAAUGUCUGCUUGAGAAAUGUGAUGUGCCUUUUCAGUUCAUUCGAUGUUACAGACUAGAAUUCCUUGGUGACUCGGCACAUUGCGGUAAGGAUGACUGCAUUGGAAGUCUUACUUUUAUGUUGAAUUUUUCAUAUUUACUGUGCUCUAACAGUCUAAGAUGUCUGUAAUUUUAUAGUUAUCUACCUGACAUGAAUUGCUCAGUGAACUGCUUUAAUGAAUCAUUGACUGUGUAAAACAUCAGGUUUAUUUUUCUAAAGGCCUCAAUGCAUUGCACAGCUAAGGAAGAGACUUGACAGGCAGUUGGCUGUUUUAAACUUUGAGGAGCUGUUCUCCUGGCAUAACCUGGGAAACUCUGUAAAAUAAUGCCUCAUUCUGUGCACUAGUUUUAACAUCAUGUCUCAACUUAUUCCUUUUUUUUUAACCUCUACAAAACUGAAACUUUAAAGGGACAGUUCACUCAAAAAUCAAGAAUGCAUAUUUUUCCUCUUACUGAAACUUUCGACAAAUAUACGCAUUACUGAUUUUGGGUUGAACUUUACCUUUAACCAUAAAUGAGUGCUUUUUCCAGAACUUUCAUUGAUGUCUUCCUUUGCAUUAAGCAGGCCACAGAUCACAACAUGGAUUGCACCAUGUGCACCAUACCACAGUUAUGGCAGAUCAGUUUCUGGCAUACAGACCGUAACCUGUUUCUCAAAUGGAUCGUUGUACACAGCAGAUGUACAGACUGUUCUUAGUUUGGAUUGUCACAUUUAAUUAAACACCACCAUUACACUGUA